AUGUCCGCCACAUUCCAGAGGAUCAACCACUUGUGGUGUUUCAGGAACGCCCGGCUACUACAGGACGUGGUGAGCGGUAUGCUGCUGGCACAGAGUUUCUCCAUUGGCGUGUCCCUCUGCUUCCAGCUGUACCAAGUGGUGACGGCAAGAGGAAGCCUCGGCGACGUUCUCAAGUACGCUGCCUACAUGAGCGUUAUGGUCACCGAGCUCGGCGUCUACUGCUGGUUCGGCAAUGAACUCAUUACAGAGAGCGAGACGGUGGCUGAGAGCGCGUGCUACUGUGCGCACGGGGCGCGGCCGGUGGCCUUGAGGAGGGGCCUGCUACUGGUGGCUGUGCGUGCAGGCCGGCCGCUCAGCAUCAGCGCCGGGCCCCUCUACGUCUUCUGCAGGGAGGCCUUCGUCUCGGUCAGUAGUAACGACACUCUCUAA